AUGGGAGGGCAUCAUGAUGGGGUUUAUGAUGUGAAAUUUGUUAUGAGAUUGGUGAGGUUUUUUGUAAAUGAAGAGGGGGAGGAGGGGGAUUCUUUGAUGAAGAUGAAGAAGGUUGGGAGUUUGAUGGAUAAGUAUUUGAGGGAAAUUUCUCCUGAUCAUAGAUUGAAGGUUUCAAAGUUUCUGGGAGUAGCUGAGAGCUUGCCAGAUUCAGCAAGGGAUUGCUAUGAUGGAGUUUAUAGGGCUCUGGAAAUCUUUAUUCAGUCACACCCCAACUUAUCCUUCAAGGAACGUAAGAGGCUCUGUCGGUGCCUAAACUACGAAAAGCUCACUCUUGAAACCUGCAAGGACCUCGCGAAGAAUCCAAAAAUUCCGCCAGAUGUGGCUGUUCAAGCACUGGCCUCUCAGCUGCCAAAGCUUCAAGCAGAAACUAAAAGAAUGAAUUUUCUCAACAAUGACUGCUCUAAACCAGUUUUGCACCCCUCAGAAGCCAAGAUUGACAGUUCACCACCAUAUUGCUUUGAACAAAAGCAAAUAUUGAGGUUCAAUUUUCAGCAGAUUCAGAAGAGGAAAACAGAGCUUGAAAAUCUUUGCAAUGAGAUGAGUGCCCAUAUGCCAAAGAUUGUCAAGUCCAAUACACAUUAGUAGCCUUGUUUGUUACACUACAUGCCACCCAAUUCCUAUAUAUUUACAAAUCUAACCGACAAAGUUUACAUUUUUACAUUUAUA